AUGGGCAACGGCCAGUCCCUGCCACCAGGUGGCGGGCCUUCCGGUAAGCGAGGUGAUCAAGCAAGCAAAGGUGAGAAGAAGAAGCGUUUUGAUGCGGCGCCCGGGUCGACGCGCUUCGGCAGGAGGCGUAAGCGCCGCGGUCCUGCCGCCCUGCAGCGCUUGCCCGCCGUCACACCCGCGGUGAAGUGCAAACUUCGCGUCCUGCGACUCGAACGUCUAAAGGACUGCCUUCUUCUCGAGGAGGAGUAUAUCAGCAAUGCACUUCUAAGCAAGCCACAAGUGGAGCGAGUUGAGGAGGACCGCGCAAAGGUCGAGACCCUGCGCGGCUCGCCGUUGGGCGUUGGCACGCUCGAGGAGAUCAUCGAUGAUAACCACGCGAUUGUGUCGUCAGCAAUGGGACCGGAAUACUACGUGAACAUGUGCUCUUUCGUAGACCGUGAACAACUCGAACCUGGCUGUUCGGUCCUACUGCACAACAAAGUCUUGUCCGUGGUCGGCGUGCUCGCCGAUGACACCGAUCCAUCGGUCUCGGUGAUGAAGGUCGAAAAGGCCCCACCCGAGACGUAUGCGGAUGUAGGGGGCCUGGACCAACAGAUUCAGGAGAUCAAAGAGGCAGUGGAACUGCCGCUGACGCAUCCCGAACUCUACGAGGAUAUCGGCAUCCAGCCACCCAAAGGCGUCAUCCUCUACGGAGAACCGGGCACCGGGAAAACCCUACUCGCCAAGGCUGUGGCGAAUUCUACCUCAGCGACCUUCCUCCGCCUCACCGGCAGCGAGCUCAUUCAGAAGCACCUUGGCGACGGGCCCAAACUAGUCCGGGAGCUCUUUCGCCUCGCGGAUGAGAACGCACCCUCCAUCGUCUUCAUCGACGAGAUCGAUGCGAUCGGCACCAAGCGAUACGAUGCCACGUCGAGCGGCGAACGCGAGAUACAGCGGACAAUGCUCGAGCUUUUGAACCAGUUGGACGGUUUCGAGGCACGGCACGACGUGAAGGUGAUCCUGGCAACCAACAAAAUUGAGACCUUGGAUCCGGCGCUGCUGCGCCCUGGCCGUGUCGAUCGCAAGAUCGAGUUCCCGCUCCCUGACGAGAAGACUCGAAGGCGAAUUUUUGCGAUUCAUACUGGCCGGAUGAGCCUAGCACCCGACGUGAAUACAGAGGAAUUCGUGAUGACCAAGGAUCCACUCAGCGGAGCCGACAUCAAAGCCAUCUGUACCGAGGCAGGCAUGAUGGCGUUGCGUGAACGAAGAAUGAAAGUGACACAGGAGGAUUUCCGCAAGGCAAAAGAGAGCGUCCUCUACAAGAAACAACAAGGAGCUCCGGACAGUUUGUAUCUGUAA